AUGACUGGAUGGCACAGAAGUGUCUACCUUAGGGGACCUGAUCCUCGUGUGAAUGGGGAGAUUCGUGUCUUCAGUUUCCAUCAUGGAAAGGGCUUUUCUGGUUUCAAUUUUCACAAGACACUACCCAAUCAUCACAGUUGCAUUGUUGAGUCAUUCACUGCCUUUUUGAAAGGCGCAUUCAACUCAAGCAUGACUCUGCCUGUGGGAGAAUCAUUGGUUGAUGAGAGUUCAGCCAGCAUCGGCCCUGAUAUCACAGCUGUUAAUGCCUCCCAUCCUUCAACAAACUCAACUGUAAUUCCACCUACAAGAGAAUCAUCAACUUCGGCUGGCAUUGGCCUCAAAAUCACCGCACUAGCCACUCCACAUAGUUCUACUUCUACUCUUCAAGGCCCAAGACAUAAUGUCAAGCUUCUAGAUGAAAUCCACCACACCCCAUCUGUGCCAUUGUUGGAUCCCUUACUGUCAUUGGAGCACUUGCUGUCUCUGGAUCCUGAGUCGAUGGAUUUUUCACAGGUGGAUUUGGAUUCAUUCAAUCUACCAAUGUUUCCCUCCCUACCUCCUUCACCUGUGAGUCAGGGUCUACUGAUUCUUUCUGCAGCACCUGUGAAUGAUCAGGAUUCACCCAUUUCAUCCUGGAAUAGGGAUGCAGUCCUUGGUCUCAUCUCACCUCCAUGCUUUUGGAGAAUUGAAUCUAAGAGUCCAGACAACCCUCAGCCACCUUGUGCACUUCAACCACUCUCUGCAUCUGUGCCACCUUCAGUAUCUAUUGAGGCACCUGGGGCUUCUCACCUUCCUGCAACUCUGAUGGACCCAGAGCCUCUGACAUCUGCUGUUAUGUCCAUGGACACAAUCCUCUAA